AUGUUUCAACUGCUGUGGGUCUUCUUCGUCCAGUUGCUAGCCCAGACGGUGGAGAUCUAUCCAAGCGAGAAUUUCCGAUACAUAGCUGUCGUCAACGGAACGAAAUCGUAUGGGAUUAUUUUUGGGGCAGCUGAUCCAGAUCUAGAUACAACAGGCUUUACGUAUCUAAUCCGGGAUGAACUGCACCCGACCUUCAAUACUACGAUGGCGUUUCUUCUCCUUGGGCACACAGAGAACUCGAUCGGGUUCACAGACGAGUACCGCGGAAUCGUGCGUGACGCAGAUGGAAACGUGUUUCUGAACAAGACGGCAAUCAUCGCUCCCAGGGACGGGAUUCUGUGGCUCUAA